ACCGAUGGGCAUGUUGGUAUUCGUGGUGUUUUGUCGCUAGGGGUAUAGGAAAGUAUCUAACUUAACCAGUUAACCUACAAUUGAUACACUAUAUGUUAAAAAUACGUUCUUUACUGAAAUGUGGGCUUAUGUAAAAUUUCUGGUAUUAUAAAAUGUAGUGAUAAUUUAAUUUUUAUAUAUCUGAAUGCAUAGGGCAGCUUAGCGAAUUACAGAUAAUUAAAGAGUUUGGGAGAUUCAAAUGGAUAAGCAAUAAUAAGAUUAUAUUAACAUUGGCCCUAAUAAUGGCAGCUGUUAAAGGGCUACACAACAUGACCGCAAAUCCAGGUUCUCACGUUCAAUCAGCCGUUUUGCUCACUUGUUUACCAACAAACUUUUUUAACAAGGAAUUACCAACUUUAAUUUUGAGGUCUCCUCAGGAGACAUUAGGUAUGCCCAGUUUAAUGCAGGCAGAGCAACAGGUGCAACCAAAUUUGGGUUAUUCAGUAGUUCUUGGAAGUGAGAAGUAUGAGUUGUUAGGAUCAUCUCCACAGGAAGGAAAGAAGAUUGAACUAAGAGAUGGCAACAAGUGUGGUGAUGAGCAAAACACUGACCUUGUGUUGACUACAGGAAACAUGCAUUCCAAACAAAAGACAUGCAGUGCUAGACCAGUGACCCAUAUUGAAAUUAUUAGACAGAAGCCCAGUGUGGUAAAAAAGAAGCAUGGUGCAUCCCGCCGUGUUACCGGUGCAAAUCGAGUGGUACCAUUGAUUACAAGCAUGUGGCAGAAACGAGAACUCAAAGGUAUUGAACCAUCUCUAGCAGCAGUGUACAAAACAAUUCUGGAUGAUCCAGAUACUGUUGAUGAACACAAAUGUGAAGCAUGCCACAAGCAAUUCUUGUCAGUCACACAGGUAGAAAACCACAUUAAGGAGAUGCAUCCUCAGCAACAUGUAGUGCUGGAACAGUGCUUUGUGUGUCGGAAGAAAUACGUUUUCCAGUCCCAACUGAAGUGCCACCUGUCAGAAGUUCAUAGAAUUCAGUACCCAGAAAUGAUAUGCAAAAUAUGUUUCAUGGAAUUCAACACAGUGAUGGAACAGAAAGCACAUGAGCGGAAACAUGACAAAAUCUAUUCCUGCCAGCACUGCUGUGCCAAGUUUGCAUCAGUGUAUCUUUGUCAGAAACACUAUGAGAAGCACCUGGUUGAUAUGAAGCCUUAUCAGUGCUUGUCUUGUGGUAAGAGAUUCCAGAACAGCAUUUCACUGAGUAUCCAUCGCGUUCGGCACAAACAUUCAAAAUGUUUGAUUUGUAAUGCAUUAUUUGGAGAAGAACUGGAAUUGUUGAUGCAUGUAAGGGCUCAUGGAAUCCAGGGCAAGCAUCAGUUUUUAGCAGCAGUUGAGCAGUUAGACCAGGAAGAGACACAGCUUGAAGACAUGAUGAGCGUCUACUUAAAAACAAGCACAGAACAUCAUCCAACAGGCAUGGAUAAAGGGGUCAGUGACUGUAUGGAAGGUCUGCUAUGUGCAGUCUCUCAGGCACUAGAUGCUGGUACUCCAGAACCAGUGUCAGGCAAGAGAGGGGUGGAAUGCAAGCUGUGUGGACUUGAGGUUCAGUCACCAAGGGAGCUGGUGGAGCAUCGGCGUGACAACCAUGUGCGUAGCUGCACAUGUCUGGUCUGUGGUAAGAGAAGUCGUUCUGUCAGCCAGACAUGGCGACACAUAGCCACUCAUGUUGACAAGGUGAAGUCCAAUGAAAUGGUGUGUCUCAUCAACAAGACUGAACAACAGUGCCACAUGUGUCACAAGAUGUUCCCAUCAAAAGGGAAGAAGAAUUUCCAUUUGGAACACGUGCACAAGAUUGAGACCGUCCAGCGGCCGCACUGCUGUACAGUUUGUUCAAGAAAAUUCCAGCAUAAGACAUCAAGGGACAGACACAUGAUGCUGCAUGGGAAGGACAAGAAUGGCCUCAGGUGUGCAGUGUGCAACCAGGUGUUCCUGCGACCGAAGUUCCUGGUGAGGCACAUCAAAGAGCAUGAGUCCCACAAUGAGUGCCACGUUUGUAAUAAAACAUUCUCUAAGCGCAGACAGCUCAAAUUGCACCUCAGUGGCCACAAUCACAGCAUAAAGAAGAAGUUCAAAUGCUCACUGUGCUCGGUGACCUGUCAGGGUAUGGCAGGCCUGCGGGAACAUCUGCGGAUCCAUACUGGUGAGCGUCCCUACAACUGCAGUCAGUGUGAAAGGAGCUUCAAACGCCUGCAGGCCCUUAAGAAACACGUCAGGACCGUGCACUGUGGCCCCAGUGCAGUGAGUCAUGCCUGCACCAGUUGUCCAGUGGUUUUCAAUAACCGAGGUAACCUGCUGCGGCAUUUCCUGCGCAUUCACCGUGGACUGCGCCGCUUCAUAUGUGGGCUCUGUGGUGCUCGCUAUGGGCAGAACCAAGACUUACGGAGGCAUCUCAAGGCAAAGCACCAAGUGGACAUGCCGGUCAUUUCAUGUGUGGACAAGAAAGCCAUCAGCGAGAUUUAUGUCCUGCCACCUAUCAGUAAGUUCCCUAAGUCACAUCCACACGCAGAAAAGAUAAACAGACUUGUGGCUGAGGAAAAGAGCAAGCUUGAAGAUGUAUGUGAGGUGCUGAGUAAGAGAGAAUUGGCAACAAAAGAGGUUCCACGAGAGGAUCUCCCAGCUCACAGAAAGUCAGAUCAGAUGAAACAUUCAGCUGGCAAAGACAGUAUAUCUUCUGAUGAGGCAAACCAGUUCAUAAGUUCACAAGUUGGCAGUAGCACGGAUGUAGUCUCUUCCAGAAUGAUGGAUCACAAAGCUGUUAAUAUGCCCCAGCAUCUUGAAAACUAUUCGUGCAGUACUACAAUAGAAAUUGGAGGUGCAGAGAUGCAGCAGCAAAUACCAGAAAUCAUAGCUGAGAGUUUUGUUCCAUUGGUUGGGGGUUUAUCGUCCCAAUUCAACAGCAUCAUGAACAUGCAGACAUGCAGCCAAUGCCACAAAGUGUUGUGUGGAGAGACGCUAAGGAAGGAUGGUUCAGACAGUGUAAAGAUAAUUUGCAAGAAUUGCACGGAUGACUGUGAAGCUCCAGAAAAUGGCUCAACUGACAAGGUAGUAACCGUAUAUCGGUGCGGUGUCUGUUUCACGGACUUCUUUGAAAGGGAUGUUCUGGCCGGACAUAUGGACGAAAAACACAAGGUGCCUCCUGAACCAACAUCAGAUACAGUCAUGAAAACCUCUGCAGGGUUUUUAUCAAACAUGCAUCCCAUUAUCACUAAUCCUUCUGUGCCAAAUGACAUGGGGUUGCUCUGCCCGCCAAUGAACCUGCUUCUACAAAAUGUUGUUCUGCAGCCGAGACCAGCUGUUCAGACAUUCAACAGUCAGAACAUUCUGGUAAAUGCUACCCCCAUGCUCACUCUCCAGCCUUCAAAUGUGCCAGCACUGCUGACAUCUGCACCACAGACUUCUACAUUUGUAGCCCCUGCAGAAGUGCUAGUUGACCCAGGAAAAGUCCUGCUACCAACUCCUGUUCCUAAAGUUGCUAUACCAAAGCUGAACUCAAUGAACAAAGCCAGCGAUAAUAACAAGAUACUCUCGAAGGAGAGUGCAGUGGAUAAGACUGAAGUCAAGAUCUCAAACAUGCAAUCACCCGAACCUGCAGAGAAACAUCAAUUAGGGGCAGAUUGCAUCUGCAAACAGUGUGGGAAGAAGUUCCAUAACAGUACAAGGCUGGAGCGGCAUCUGAAGACACACGAGGGGGUUCGACCGUUUGGCUGUGCUGUCUGUGGUAAACUUUUUACGGAGAAACACAACCUCAAGGUACACAUGCGCACACACACCGGAGAGCGCCCAUACACAUGCACAGAAUGUGGAAAGCAGCUCAGGUACCAGAAAGAUUUUGCAGAUCACAAGAAAAAGCAUCUUGGUAUGAAGCCAUUCGAGUGUACCGAGUGUGGCCAGAGAUUUCUCCGACAGAGGGAGCUGAUGCGGCACAAGAUAACUCACACUGGAGAAAAGAAGUACAAGUGCCCCAUAUGUGACAAGGCUUUCACCCGUUUAGACCAGCUGAAACUUGUGCAUAUGCGCCAGCACGACACUGCACCGGGACCUUCCCCCUUUGUUUGCUUGACGUGCCAUAAGAGUUUCAAAGUUAAGGGCAAGCUGGAACAGCAUCAGAUCCUACACUCAGGCCAGAAGAACCACCACUGUCCAAUCUGUGAUAAAACUUUUGCUCUAGACGCAUAUUUGAAAUCUCAUCUUAAGACGCACAAGAAGCAAGAUGGCUACAUCCAAUGCGCCAAGUGUCCUCGGAGAUUUGCUUCUGAACAGACACUGCAGGUUCAUGACGAGAAGUUUCAUGCGAGACUACAGAGAAUUACAAAGCAGUCGAAAGAAGGAAACAAAAAUAAGCCGAAGAAACUGAGUAUACUCCCAGACACAACUCUGCUAGAACCAGAAAUAGACAUCACAGACAUGGAGGAAAUGGAUGGAAUCAACCUGAUGGAGGAGGAAGAUGUCAUCCUUGCUGACGAUAACUGCGACACUGUCAUCUACCUGCAGAUGGUGCCAGGCCUAGACCUGCCUCUUAACAGUGAUACCUCAGACUAAUUUCACGUGGUCUGUCUUGUUACAGAGUUAAUAAACGCAAAGCUGUCGCAUUUUCUCAGAAUAGCGGCAUGCUGAAAACUUGUU